GGCAUUGCUGGGGCUUGUAACCGAUUUUUUCUUUUACUUUGCAAAAGUUUCUGAUGGGCGGAGCAUCUAGUAAUCCCUUUCAUUCCCAAACUGUGUCUCACUUCCUGCUCUAAUCACAACUUUUAGCAGAAGAGCAGCUGACAUAGUGUAAGCAGUGUCGGCUCUUAAAUGUGCCCCUAAACGAUCCUCAAAAUGAGAUUUCCAGCACAGAUUGUUUGGCUUAUGUGGUGGACUGUUUGUGUUGCAGAAGAUUGUAAAGGACCUCCUCCAAGAAAACAAACUGAAAUUUUGUCAGGUGUCUGGUCUGAACAAAACUAUCCAGAGGGAACUCAGGCUAAAUAUAAAUGCCGACCUGGAUAUAUAACUCUUGGAUCUAUUGUAAUGGAAUGCAAGAAUGGAGAAUGGGUGGCUCUUAAUCCACUGAAAAUAUGUGAGAAAAGGCCCUGUGGACAUCCUGGAGAUACAUCUUUUGGUACUUUUCAACUUGAAAGAGGAGAAAAGUUUGAAUAUGGUGCAAAGGUUGUUUACACAUGUAAUGAGGGGUAUCAGAUGCUAGGUAGCAUCAAUUUCCGUGAGUGUGAAUCUGAUGGAUGGACCAAUGAUGUUCCUAUAUGUGAAGUUGUUAAGUGUUUACCAGUGACACAUCCAGAGAAUGGGAGAUUGACCAGUAGCGCAUUGGAACUAGACAAGGAAUAUACUUUUGGACAAGUAGUACGGUUUGUGUGCAAUUCAGGCUUCAUGCUUGUUGGGCCUGCAGAAAUACGUUGCUCAACAAAUGGUGUUUGGAGUGGAGAAAGCCCAAAAUGUGUGGAAAUUUCCUGCCAAAAGCCAGAAAUCGCAAAUGGAAAUGCUGCAUCUCUGAAGAAAACUUACAAGGAAAACGAACGAUUUCAGUAUACAUGUCACCAGGGUUAUGAAUACAGUAGUAAAGGAGAUGCCAUAUGCACUGCAUCGGGAUGGACUCCAACCCCUUCAUGUAAAGAAUUCUUAUGUCCUUCUCCUAAUAUUCAAAAUGGUGACUACACGCCCCAAAGCAUCAGAUACAGAAGUGGAGAUGAAAUCACAUAUAAUUGUAAACCUGGCUUUUAUCCUUCAAACCGAGAAAAAAUGGCAACAUGUACUAAAACUGUCUGGGUACCUCAGCCAAGAUGUGAGAAACGUUGUGAUUUUCCAGAAAUAAAACAUGGACUACUACACAAUGAAUAUAACUAUAGACGAGACUUUCCAGUAUCUGUAGGAAAAAAAUAUUACUAUUCCUGUGACCACAAUUUCGUGACAGAUAAAAAACAGAACGGGGGAUAUAUUCAUUGCACACAAGAAGGAUGGUCACCAGCAGUACCGUGCCGCAGACAAUGUAUUUUUAAUUAUUUGAUAAAUGGAGAAUAUCCAUAUCCAGCAAAAAUGUAUUUCCAAGGUGACUCUGUAAGUGUUAACUGCUAUGCUGGCUACAGUCUUCAAAAUGAGCAGACUGUAAUGACCUGUACAGAAGAUGGCUGGGUGCCUGCUCCCGAAUGCCUUCCUCCUGGGAAUCGUUGUGAUUUUCCAGAAAUAAAACAUGGUAGUCUACACCAUGAAAGUAACUAUAGACAAAACUUUCCAGUACGCGUAGGAGAAAAAUAUUGGUAUUCCUGUGAUCAAAAUUUUGUGACUGUUUCACAAAAGCCCUGGGAAUAUAUUCAUUGCACACAAGAAGGAUGGUCACCAACAGUACCAUGCCGCAGACAAUGUAUCUUCAAUCAUUUGAAAAAUGGAGAGUAUCCAAAACAAGGAGUUAAAUAUUUACAAGGUGAAAAUGUAAGCGUUAACUGCAAUUCUGGCCACAGUCUUCAAAAUGAGCAGACUGUAAUGACCUGUACAGAGGAUGGCUGGUUCCCUCCUCCUGAAUGCAUUCCUCUCAAAACAUGUUCAAAAUCAGAGAUAACAAUUGAAAAUGGAUUUUUUUCUGAAUAUGAACCUACAUAUUCCUUAAAUAAAGAAACACAGUAUCAAUGUAAACCACGAUAUGUAACACCAGAUGGUAAAACUUCAGGAUCGGUUACAUGUCUGGAAAGUGGAUGGUCACCUCAACCCACAUGUAUUAAAUCUUGUGACAUGCCAGUAUUUGAGAAUGCCAAAGCCAAAAGCAAUGUCACGUGGUUUAAACUCAAUGACAAGUUGGACUAUGAAUGCCACGAUGGAUACAAAAGCCAAGAUGGGCGCGCAGGUUCAAUAGUGUGUGGGAACAAUGGUUGGUCUCAUAAACCAAUAUGUUAUGAAAUAGAAUGCAAGAUUCCUGAAAUCGAAGAUAACUUAAAUAUUCAGCCUAAAGAAGACAAAUAUAAAGUCGGAGAUGUGUUGAAAUUUUUCUGCACACAAAGACUUAAAAGAGUUGGACCAGAUUCAGUUCAGUGUUACGACUUUGGAUGGUCCCCUAAUCUUCCAACAUGUAAAGAGCAAACAAAACAGUGUUCUCCACCUCCUCAACUCCUUAAUGGGAAAGUUAAAGAAACACAGAAAGAAAACUAUGAACACAACGAUUUGGUGGAAUAUGUGUGCAAUCCUAGAUUUCUGAUGAAGGGUUUUAAUAAAAUUCAGUGUGUUGAUGGACAGUGGACAGACUUGCCUGUUUGUAUUGAGGUGGAGACUACAUGUGGAGAUAUACCAGAACUUAAUUACGGCUACGCUGUUCAGACUUCUAACCCUCCCUAUCACCAUGGAGAUUCAGUGCAGUUCAAUUGCAGAGAAGGAUUCACAAUGAUUGGACAGAAAUCAAUUACAUGUAUAAGAGGAUUAUGGACCCAACUUCCUCAGUGCAUUGCAACAGAUGAACUUCAGAAGUGUAAACACAGCUUAACUAUACGUGAGGUAAAUCCAUUGAAGACCGAAUUUGAUCAUAAUGAGAACAUAACUUACAAAUGUAGAGGAAAAUUAGAACAGAAACACUCAACGUGCAUAAAUGGAAGAUGGGAUCCUGAACUAAACUGCACAGAAGUACAAAUGCAGUCAUGCCCACCUCCACCUCAGAUUCCCAAUGCUCACAAUAUGGCAACGACGGUAAAUUAUCAGGAUGGAGAAAAAGUAUCUGUUGUCUGUCAAGACAAUUAUAUAAUUCAGGAUGCAGAGGAAAUCGUGUGCAAGGAUGGAAGAUGGCAGUCCAUACCACACUGCGUUGAAAAAAGCCCAUGUCCUCAACCACCUCAGAUAGAACAUGGAACCAUUAAAUCAUCUCAAUUUUCAGAAGAGAUGGACGAAACAUUGAAACCUGAGUUUUAUGUACAUGGCACCAAAUUAAAUUACAUUUGCGAGGAUGGUUUCAGGAUAUCUGGAAAAGAUGAGAUAACGUGCCACAUAGGAAAAUGGAGUUCUCCACCUCGGUGUGAAGGACUUUCCUGUGCGCCACCACACUUGAUUCCACAUGGUAUUCUAUCUCACGUAUCAGACAGUUACCAAUAUGGAGAAGAAGUAACAUACAAAUGCACCAAAGGUUUUGAGAUUAAUGGACCUGCAUUCAUAAGAUGUUUAGGAGGAAAAUGGUCCCAUCCACCAGAGUGCAAAAACACGGAUUGUUUUAGCUUACCCGACUUCGGUAAUGCCACACCCAUAGGCCAGAAGAAGACGUUAUAUAGGUCAGGAGAAAAAGUGACUUAUAAAUGUCCAAAUAAUUACCUUUUGGAUGGACCAAAUACUAUCCAGUGUAUUAACAGCCAAUGGAUAGGAAAGCCAAUAUGCAGAGAUAUUUCCUGUGGGAAUCCACCCAGAGUGAAAAAUGCUAUUAUACUGGAUGAGAUGUCUAAGUAUCUACCUGGUCAGAGGGCACGUUAUGAAUGCAUCAUACCUUUUUACCUGGUUGGGGGCAGAGAAGUGACAUGUUCAAAUGGGAACUGGACACAACCACCUCAGUGCCUAGACCCUAAAGAAAAAUGUGGGCCCCCUCCGGCUAUUGACAAUGGAGACAUGACCACAUUCCCAACAUCAGAAUAUGCUCCAGGGUCAUCUGUUCAGUACCAGUGCCAGUCCUUGUAUGUGCUUGAGGGAAACAAGGUCAUCACAUGCAGAUAUGGACAGUGGUCAGAACCGCCAAAAUGCUUGGAUGUUUGUAUGGUAUCAGAAGAAACCAUGAGAAAACAUAACAUACAAUUAGGAUGGUCUUCUAAGAAAAAGAGAUAUUUCCAAACAAGGGAAACUGUUCAAUUUCAAUGUAAAUCUGGAUAUCGUAGACAGACAUCACAACAAACAUUCCAAGCAACCUGUUGGGACGGGAAACUGACCUAUCCUGUUUGUGUAUAAAACAUGGUUAAGAUGCAGUCCUAAAAUUAAAACAUGUACAUUUAUUCAAAUUUUUCAUGCUUAUUUUGUCAGGUAUUGUUAAACUCCUUUAUAUUCAUAUCAGAAUUUGUGUUAAAUAUUUCAUGGAUGAUGUAAUUAUAAUCUGAGAAGUGAAUAAAUCACUUCUUAAAAGCACUUCAUUAAAACUUGGCAAACCAAAA